AAUAAGUCUCCAAGAUACAAUUAACCAUACGAAAUAUGUAAAAUAAUAACUAUAUAAGUUUAGAGGAAUUGCUAUAUUGAAAUUUAACAUAUAAUAGAAAAAUGACAUGUUUUCUUACUCUUCCCCACUAGUUUUGUUCAUUGUCAACUUAUUUUUUUAUUUUUAUUUUUUUGGAAUGAACUUAAGAAAGUUAGGGACAUUGUUAAUGUGAAUAUUAUGAAUUUCGUGUAAUUACAUACAAAAACCACAAAGUAACGACUGAACUGGAUGGACACAGUCAUGGUCAUUAAUAACUUUAUUAAACUUCAAAUUAAUAUUACUAAUUUAGUUGACAAAGGUUGGCACCUGCAAAUUUUAUAUAAUUUAGCUUCUGACCCUACUAAUGAGUACAAGGACAAUUUCAACAAUCAACCAAAACUAAUUUAAGUAAAGAAAUUAGGCUAAUUCAUUACCACAACAUGCAUUAAAAAAACUUAGCAUAACAUAACCGUGUUGAAUAUACUUGAUUAUUAUUUAAAAAAAAAAAAUACUUUGGAAUGAUAUUUUCAAAAAUAUAUUCCAAAUUCUUGUUAUUUAGCCCCAAAGCUUCCAAGUCUCAAAGAAGAAGAAAAUUUAAUCAUGGACAAGAAAAGAUUGUCUUUGCUUUUCUUAGUUCUGUUUCUUUGGUCUUCAUCAAUGAACUUGACUUUAGGUUCAACUUCUAAAGAAGUAGAUGCCCUUCUCAAAUGGAAAGCUAGCUUGAAAACACCAAAUAACUCUGCCUUCUACUCAUGGACAAUUGAUCUCCCCGCUGCUAAAUCCAUCAACAGUUCUGAAAAUUCUCCAUGCAAUUGGUUUGGUGUUUUUUGCAACACUGAAAAAAGUGUCAUCACUAUAAACCUUACCAACUCUGGUUUACAAGGUACACUGCACCAAUUCUCAUUCUCCUCUUUUAGUAAUCUUUCAAGUUUGAAUCUCAGCAGUAAUGAACUCUAUAGUGCCAUCCCACCUGAAAUCAUUAAUCUUUCAAAAUUAGUCUUUCUUGAUCUGACAGAUAAUAAAUUUUCUGGGAAAAUCCCACCUGGGAUAGGUAACUUGACCAAUCUUAAGACCUUGUUCCUCACUAAAAAUCAGUUAAGUGGCUCAAUUCCUCAAGAACUAAGAAACUUAAAAUCUCUUUCCCAGUUAAGCCUCGACUCGAAUAAUCUUUCGGGCUUGAUCCCUCCAUCACUAGGUGAUCUAACAAACCUCACUCUCCUUGCACUAUCCACUAACAACCUUUCUGGUCCCAUUCCACAAGAGUUGGGAAAUUUGAAAUCAAUACUUUAUCUAUUUUUGAACGCAAAUAAACUCAACGGCUCUAUUCCAUUCUCAUUUAGUGGCCUUAGAAAGUUAAGAAUGCUAUGUCUUCACCGAAACCAGCUUUCGGGUUCUGUCCCUCAAGAGAUAGAGAACCUCUUAGAGUUAACUUCUCUUGACUUGGACACUAACCAAUUCAGUGGUUACUUGCCUGAAAACCUUUGUAAAAGUGGAGUUCUUCGAGGCUUUUCAGCAUUUGACAACCAUUUCAUUGGUCCAAUCCCCAAAUACUUUAGGAACUGUACUACUUUGUACAAGCUUCGUAUACAAGGCAAUCGAUUCCUUGGCAACAUAACUGAGGUCUUUGGAGUCUAUCCAAACUUGUCUUACAUAGAUAUAAGCCGUAAUAAGUUUUAUGGAGAGAUUUCACAAGACUGGAAACAGAGCAAAAAUCUCACUGUUAUGAAAAUGGCAGACAACAACAUUACUGGCACUAUACCAUCUGAGAUUGGUAGCUUAAAACAGCUAGCUGAACUUGAUCUCUCCUCAAAUAAUUUAGUUGGGUUGAUCCCAAAACAGCUUGGAAAUCUUACUUCUUUGCUGAAUAUGAGACUAAACGACAAUCAACUCUCUGGUGGUAUACCCUCUGAGUUUAUGUCACUGACAAAUCUUAAUCAUCUUGACUUGUCAUCCAACAACUUGAACAACUCAAUUCCUGGAUUCUUUGGUGUUUUCUUGAGAGCCAAUUAUGUCAACUUGAGCAGCAACAAGUUUAGUCAAGAAAUCCCUGUCCAGUUUGGUAACUUAGUCCAUCUUUCUCAGCUAGAUUUGAGUUACAACUCGCUUGAAGGAGAGAUACCAUGGCAGAUGAGCAAAAUGCAGAGCUUGGAGAGUCUUAAUCUUUCACACAACAGUCUUUCUGGUUCGAUCCCAACAACUUUUGACGGCAUGUUGGGCUUGUUAAACAUUGACAUAUCUUAUAAUAAGCUUCAUGGUCCGGUUCCUAACAUCACAGUUUUUAGAACUGCUCCAAAAGAAGCACUAGAAGGAAAUAUGGGGUUAUGUGCCAACUUUGGAAGCCUUGAGCCUUGUCCAGGUAGCUCAAGAAUUGAACCCAAUCCAGCUUUAAUAGCUGUACCUGUUGUGGGAGCAUAUCUACUUAUAGUUGUUGUCUGCUUAAUUGCCAUUGUUAUUGGAAGAAAGUAUAAAACCAAAUCAAAUGAAGAAGAAGAAGAAGAAGAAAGAGACGAAAACCAAGAUGGGGAAGUAGUUUUUUCGGUACUGAAUUAUGAUAGAAGAAAAUUGUACAAAGAAAUCAUAAGAGCAACCAAUAACUUUGACCCGAGAUUUUUCAUUGGAGAAGGAGGAUGUGGAAGGGUCUAUAAAGCAAAACUUUCACUACCCAAUACAGAUAUUGUGGCAGUGAAGAAACUUCAUUCUCCAGCUGAAGGUCAAAGGAGACUAAUUGGGAAGGAAUUGUUGAAUGAAAUAAGAGCGUUGGUAGAGAUACGACAUAGAAAUAUUGUUAAGUUUUAUGGGUUUUGUUUGCAUAAACGAGAGUCGUUUUUGGUGUAUGAGUAUGUUGAAAGGGGAAGCUUGGGGAGUAUGUUGAGGAGUGAAGAGGGUGCGAAGGAGUUGGACUGGGACAAGAGGGUGAAGAUCGUUAGAGGCGUGGCUCAUGCAUUGGAUUACAUGCACCAUGGUUGCUCCAUUCCAAUUGUUCAUCGAGACAUAUCAAGCAACAAUGUGUUGGUGGAUUCAGAGUUUGAGGCUCGUGUUUCAGAUUUUGGCACUGCCAAGCUUCUAAAUCCGGACUCCUCCAAUUGGACCUCACUUGCAGGCACCUUUGGAUACGUAGCCCCAGAGCUUGCUUACACAAUGAAGAUAAGUGAGAAAUGUGAUGUUUAUAGUUUUGGGGUGUUGGCAUUAGAAGUUAUGAUGGGGAAGCAGCCAGGAGAUUUCAUCUCCACUCUCUAUGCAUCAUCGUCAUUAGAGUUAGAGAACAAGCAAAAGUUGGUGAUGAAGAUCAUGCAAGUUUUGGACCAACGUCCACAACCACCUUUACCAAAUCUUGAGAUUCAACUCACAACUAUUGCCACUCUCGUAAUCUCAUGCUUACAAUAUGACCCAAACUCCAGGCCACCCAUGAACAUAAUUUCUAAGAUUUUAUCCACCCAAUCUAUUAUUCAUCUUUAACUCUACAUAAAAUCAAGUUUUACACUGUUUAGUUAUGUUUUAUGUAUGUAUAAAUCAAAUGUAAAAUGAUUAAAAAAAUAAAAAGGUAAAAUAAAAGGAUCGAUUACUUCGUUGUCAGUUACAUGGUGUAAUAAUAAUCACUCGCUUUGUGU